GUCGAGAGGCACUGUGAGAGGGAGGCUCUGCAAGGUAUAUAACUGGUGCCAGUCUCGCCAGAACCACAUUCUCCUGGGAUAUUAUCGACGAAAUGCUCAAGGUUACAGUUCUGUGCGUUGUGGCGGCUGUGGCUGCCGGUCUCCCGCAGCGAUAUGCGGCUCCACCUGGCAGUGCGCCGGGGGGAAUCUCGAGCGCCUUUGGCCAGCCAACACUGCCUCCGGCCGGAAGUGCUCCCGGAGGCAUCGUGAGCUCCUUCCGACCUCCAAGCCCGUCACAAGGACCUCCUCCGGGAAGCGCUCCCGGUGGAAUUUCCUCCUCCUUCGGAGCCUCUGCCCCGCUGGUGCCUAUCCUCGAGGACGAACGUGAAGGACCUGACCAAUUUGGAAAUUAUAAGUUCAACUUUGAGACUGGCAAUGGAAUCAUUCGCUACGAAGAGGGCUUUCCCCAGGGGGAGACCGGCGCCGUGGCGUCACAAGGAGGCUGGUCGUUUACCUUCCCUGAUGGAACGCCUGCUGUGUUUACGUUUGUCGCCGACGCGAAUGGCUACCGCGUCGAGUCCGACCUGCUGCCCACGCCCCACCCCCUCCCCGCCCACGCCAUCGCCCAGAUCGAGAAGGCUCGUCAGGAGGACGCAGCGGCUGCCUCCGGCGGCCGACCCUCACUCGUCCCGCAGCACCGCCCUGCCUACUCCGUCGCCAACUGAAGGGGAGGCGAGCACCGUGAUUUUGAAGACGCCGUUUCUUCUUUGUUUUGCUUUCUGUUAUUAUGUAGUUAGUGAAUAGACUGAGUAAAGUAUUAUGGUAGAA